AUGCAAUCACUAGCGGAGGAAUGCACGCCACUGAAGAAGCGGUACGACGCCUGCUUCAACCUCUGGUUCGAGGGGUAUCUGCAGCCAGCGCUCGAUGCGGCGGCCCAGGCGCAGCGGGGCGCGUUCCCCUCCCUCUCUGACGGGAGCGAGGAGAAGCAGGAGCAAGGGGAGGCAACGUCGAGCGUCACCCGCGUCGAGGACGUGCCGAAGGAAGAGGUCAAGGCGGCGCUUAAGAAACCCCUCAUUACGUCGUGGGCCAACUCGCCCGUGUUCCGGCAAUACAGGCACAAGGACGACGCGCCCCUCCCCUCUGCCGACGACAUGGUCAGCAGUCCACACGUCCACGAUGCCGAGGAGCUCGAGCCGCUCGACACAGUCGGCAUGACGCGGCACGAGAUCAAGGCGGCCGAGUACGAGCGGCGCUGCGGCCGGGCUUGGCGCGAGUACCAAGCUUGUCUUCGCAAGGCUAUUGCCAAGAAUGAGAACCUGACGGGGCUUCUGACGCAGAGCCAGGAGGAACACCCGCUGCUUAGCCUGGAGGGACGGGAGGGGACGCCGUGGGAUCCGGCGAGGCAUGAGAAGGAGGAUAAUUAG